CGCUCGCAAGACAAAAUGGCGGACUGCAACCACGUUGUGUUCCCGCGUAAAUUACUCAAAAAAUUCAUCAUGCUAUACAAAGAGCUGUCUUGUUUAUGGGACAGAAAAUGUUUGUUAUACAAAAACAGGAAGAAACGCCACGAGGCUGUAACGAAGUUGACGGAACUUGUGCAGGAGUACGAGUCUACAGCUACCAGGGUCCAUGUUCUGAGGAAGAUAGAGAGUUUACGCGCGUGCAUGAGACGGGAGCACAAAAAAGUGCAGGACAGCCGAUUGCAAGCUAGUAGUCUCGGGGAGGUGUAUACCCCGCAUCUGUGGUACUACGAUUUGCUAUCUUUCGUUGUGGGGGAAGAGGGGGACUUUAAAAAGCAACCAUCACCAGAACCGGAACAAGAAGAAGAUGAAGUAGAUGAGCCCGAACAAGAUGAUUCGUACGACGAGGUGCCAAACUAUCAACCCUACGGCGGCGGUCAGAACAGGCUGGAAGUAAGCGGGUCUCCCAUACAGAAACAGUAUAUGAACUACGAAGAGGACAAGUCAAAAAGGCACUGUACUGAAGUCGAUGAUGAAUAUGAUGCCAUUGGUAUAAACGUAGCAGCCAAACUAAGAGGAUUGCCGCCAAACGCGAGAAUAUUGGCUGAGAAACUAAUUAACGACGUGCUGUUCCAAGCUCAGAUGAACGGUCUGAACUCUUCAACUGUUAUAUCGACCCCUGAUCCCUUCAAACAAGACAUACUAUAA